AGUUUCGCUCCUCGUGUCAAAGUUCACUAUAUACUGACAUCCGCGCUUCUCCUCCUUUCAGAGGCGCACUCCGCCAAGCACCAGCUCCUUCAAACGGCGCGCACUCUCUGAAUAUUUUAUUAGGGGAGGUUUCUUUUUUUUUUUGGGGGGGGGGUGGGGUGGUGGUGGUGGUGGCGGCCGGGAAACUUCGGGCCGCGAAGUGGCUUCUGUCUUUUAAAAAAAAAAAUUUGGUUGUUGCGCGUCUCGCCGUCUCUCCGUCUCUCUUCCCUGCGCUCUCUCGGAGUGUCUCGAAACCUCGCGCGAGCCCGCCUCGAAUCCGUGAGAGUGUUUCGCCUUGAAAUUGUUUUGCGUGCGGCGGAAAGCAAGUCAGAAACAAAUCCGAUUUCUCAUUUGCGGCCACUGUGACUUUGCUCUCCGAGCGCUAGGGUCGUCUAUUGUCGUAGCCUUAUUCGGAUUUUUUUUUUGUUGUCGUUAAGACAGAUGCGCGCAGCUUUGUAAUCUUUAACCUUUCGUUCGGUAUUUUAUAAUAAUAAUAUAUUGCUUUCCUGAAUGGCUGGCUGCGCUCUGCCCUGGACCUGGCCUUCCGACACCCACGUAUCCUGAACUCCUCCCGCCCUGCAACCACCCGCCCGCCCGCCCGCCCAUCGCAUCUCGUCGCCUCCGCUCGCACCGACGACUCUUCCUCCUCCUCCUCCUCUUCGUCUGUACCGCCGUCGCGAACGAUACGACCACCACGACUACCGCCGUCGUCUUCUCCUUCACCAUCGCCGCAAUCGACCCAACCUUCCUCCCGAAUUGGGCAGACGCUCUCCGCUCCCCUACCUCUCCCCAAGCUAUGGCAAUGGUAGUCGGGCCGUGGCGAGACCCACAGGGCGACCUGACCAGCCCCCCGAACGUGCCCGGCCAGGCGGGCCAAGCCCCGCUGGCUCCCGCGGGGCCGCAGACGCCGCAGACGCCGAGUCAGUCGGGCGGGCCGCCCACGACUCCGGGCCAGGGCAGCACGCAGGGUGACAAGCAGCAGCAGCAGCAGCAGCCGAACGUGGAGUGCGUCGUGUGCGGAGACAAAUCGAGCGGCAAGCACUACGGACAGUUCACGUGCGAGGGAUGUAAAAGUUUCUUCAAGCGCAGCGUUCGCCGGAACCUGACCUACACGUGCCGCGCCAAUCGGAAUUGUCCCAUCGACCAGCACCACCGCAAUCAGUGUCAGUACUGCCGCCUCAAGAAAUGCCUCAAAGUCGGGAUGCGACGCGAAGAUCGUGCGGGUCUCGGGUCUGCAAUGCAACGGUCUUCUCUGUCUCCCAUUGCAGCCGUGCAGAGGGGAAGACUGCCUCCCUCGCAGCACCCGAAUCCGGCACAGUACGCCCUGGUUAACGGCGACCCUCUGAACGGCCACUCGUACCUCUCGGGCUACAUCUCGCUGCUGCUGCGCGCCGAACCUUACCCCACGUCGCGCUACGGCAGCCAGUGCAUGCAGCCCAACAACAUCAUGGGCAUUGAGAACAUCUGCGAGCUGGCUGCGCGUCUCCUCUUCAGCGCCGUGGAGUGGGCGAGGAACAUCCCGUUCUUCCCCGACCUGCAGAUCACGGACCAGGUGGCGCUGCUACGACUCGUGUGGAGCGAGCUGUUCGUGCUGAACGCGGCUCAGUGCGCCAUGCCGCUCCACGUGGCGCCCCUGCUCGCCGCCGCGGGCCUCCACGCGUCGCCCAUGUCCGCCGAUCGCGUGGUGGCCUUCAUGGACCACAUCCGCAUCUUCCAGGAGCAGGUGGAGAAGCUCAAGGCGCUGCACGUUGACUCGGCCGAGUACAGCUGCAUCAAGGCGAUCGUGCUGUUCACCACGGAUGCGUGUGGCUUGUCGGACGCUGCUCACAUAGAAAGUCUGCAAGAGAAAUCGCAAUGUGCGUUGGAAGAGUACGUGAGAAGUCAGUACCCGAACCAGCCGACCCGGUUCGGGAAAUUAUUGCUGCGCCUGCCGUCGCUUCGCACCGUGUCCUCUUCGGUAAUCGAACAGCUCUUCUUCGUACGUUUGGUAGGUAAAACCCCGAUCGAGACUCUCAUCCGGGACAUGUUACUGUCUGGAAGCAGUUUCAACUGGCCCUACAUGCCUAUCCAAUAGAGAACACUCGCGUGCGCAUGGACCGUGGGAACGGGCGGGGGGGGGGAAACAGACUUUUCGUCCUGGUGCCCAGAGGAGAGAGCAGGAGAAGGAAGGAAGGAAAAAAGCAAAAGCGGAUGAAGUCUGUGAAGUGAGCAGGCCGGAGCGUUUGACUGUAAAAAAAUAUAUCUUGUACAAAAUGAUGCCGGCGUAUUUCUUUAGAAGUUUUAUGUGUAGUGCAACAUGGCAAGCUCUUAGUUAUUAUUGUUUAUUUUUUUUUUGUAAAAAAAAAUGGACAUAUUUUUUUCAAGCAAUGGAAGGAUGUCGAUGUAAAGAUUAAAAACGACAAAAAGGAAAUUAACAUUUUCCAAAUUAUUGUAAAUUGUCCUGUGUCUAUGUAUCCAUAGCUGUUUUGUAUUUUCUGGUUGCAAACCAGUUUUUUCUCGUGAUUCCAUACUAAUAAUUUUGAUAUAACCAUUUUCGUAUACAGUACGGUGUAUCUUGUAAGGUGUGUUUUAGACAAGUUUGAGAGAAAAAAAAUGAAAUAAGUAAAUUCGAUGAAAUAUUGAAACGAGGACAGAUUUUUUUUUUUGGACUUCAAGAUCCCGCUGAAAGCGCAUCAUAUAAAUAAAUACAAGUAUGCUCUCUCUAUACCUCCAUUGUCGUAUGUGAAUGGAAUGUACUUGAUACUUUUAAAUGAAAGUUAAAACGGGGCCGAGUGCCGGUUGGUGUGACCAGUGCAAAUCCCCUGGUCAGGCGAGGAGCCCCGCGUGUGUUAUGUGUAGGUCGUUCGAGAGACCUGCAUUGCAUAGGCAAAGGUGUCUAAGGCACGCAUGUCGGUGUGUUUAUGAAGUCUCCUAAUUCCCCACUCUGUAGAAUGCUUCUGGUUUUUUUGUAUAGUUAAACAAGAGGAGAAGAAGAAGAAGAAGGAAAAAAAAUCAUGCACGUUGCGUUGGCCAGAGUAUUGGUUUAUAAAACCGUAAUACAUUGUGUACCUACAAGACUUGACGCAUUUAUUAUAAUAACAACAAUUAUGAGAGAGAGAAACAAACAGUUGAUGAUGAUCGUUCAAAGGUUGAUGUCAAAACAGCGUUAAUUACAAGAAUAUACAAUGGGUUUUUUUAGUGUGCAGACCAAUAUCAAUUUCAUGAAUUGUAUUUAUCUCUCAAGACUGCUGUUGUUCCACUACUCGAUACGAAGGUCUCAAUGUGAAAUCAAAAGCGGACAGUGAAUAAUAAUAUGAAAUUAUGAUGUUGACGAUAAUCAUGAUGACGAUGACGCAUGCAUCAACUGCUUAUGAAUUCACUUGAAUUUUUAAAAUAAUAAUAAAGAUAUGUGUGCAUCUUUCGAAAAGCAUUCAGCCAGUCAGUAACCUUGGUAAUGGACAAGUCUCAUUCAAUACGUAUGUUGAGUUUACAAUUGUAAAUUGUAUUAGCAGUGCUUUUAUUUGUUAUGUACAUAAACCAUUGGUAUAAAGCAAAAUAAAAAGUGUGUGCACCUUUGG